UCUGCCGGUACCUGUACAUAAUCACAACAACAUCAUCAUAAGGCUCUGAAUAAUGGGACAAUGAACAUUGUGUAGUCCGACUACUUCGUUUGCGUUUUCCUAGCCGAAAGUUUUGAGAACGACAUCAAUGCUCUUUUGGUGAAUCUCGAUCCUUAGCCAAAUUUCAAUCAUCGAAUUGUUUUACAUCGGGCUGAACAGCACACGAAUGGAUUUUUGUAACAUUUUCAUCAAAGCCUCCGUAAAUGAAGUCGAAGAAAGAGCUGUAUUAAUUGUCUACAGAAAAUGAAGGUGAAACGGCGAUUACCUUCCUGGGUCAUACUUUUGGUAUUCUCGACAUCCUUUGGUUUAAAUGUCUUUCUCUACAUCGAUAAACGACCCGCCUCGAACAACUUGAAUCCAAUGUUCCCCAGAGUCAUACCUAAGGAUGAUGAUAAUGACGAAUCGGAAGGAAUUGUUGCUGUCGAUGAAGAUCGUCAAUCUGCCGUUGGUGAUCGCCCAGCUAAACUUGAAGAAAAGACAAAAACCACAAUGAAGUUACAUGUUGAUGUCCUAAAUCGGCAGAAAGUGCGCAAGACUGUCCUACGUAAGGCUUGCUCCGAAUUCAACACACAUCCAUCGACAGACCGCAAUCUGACCAAAGAGGAACUCGCCUCACUGCAGCACACCUUAGUUAUUGAUAAGUAUCGCUUGCUGUAUUGCUAUGUGCCAAAGGUAGGCUGCACUAGCUGGAAGCAACUCUUCCUCGUGGCCUACGGCAUCGUCGAUAUCAAGGAACGUCAGAGAAGUAUGCACAAGGAAUCCAACUCUGCUUUCAAGACACCGGGCCAACUGGAACAGACAGAGGCCAAUCAGAAACUCCAAGACUACACUAACUUUCUGUUUGUUCGCAAUCCUUUUUCACGCCUGCUGUCGGCCUAUCGCCAAAAGAUGGAUGGUAGGAAUCCGCAGGAUCGCAAGCAAUGCCCCUUUUGUCAUCCUGUUACCCAGUGGUUUAUCGAAACCGAUCCCGAAUAUCUGAAAUGGAGGAAUAAGACUCAACCAUAUUCGUUCCUGGAGUUUGUUCGAUUCGUCAUCGCGCAGAAAACACAAAACGAUCACUGGACCGUUCAAUACGAAUUAUGUCAUCCAUGUCUGGUCGAGUACGACUUCAUCGGAAAGUACGAAACCGUGCAAGAGGAUUCAGAGACGUUUUUAAGAUCGGCGACGAACGAUUCCUCGCUCAAGUACCCAGAUACUGAUCCUGCAAAGCAAAUCACAAACAGUUCCAGUGAUGAGAACAUGGUGAAGUACUACCGCACCAUCCCGAACGAUGUCUUCAAGUCCCUUAUCUCUUUCUUCUAUCGUGAUCUUAGAUUGUUCGGUUAUUCCAUACCGGAUGCUAUAACGAGACCACAUUUACGGUUGUCGAAAUUACAACUGAAGUUAAAGGAACUUGAGUAGUUUAGGCCACCGUACCCGCUGAGAGAAAAAAUGGUUCUAAAAGGGUUUUAUCAAAUUGUCCAUAGGUACUAAAAGGUGAUAUCUUUUACAACCCAAUUACUUGGAGAAAAUGUUUCUUUUUUUACCAAUUUCAGAAAUAUGAAAUCGAUUUAGACAAUGCAAAUAAUAAUUGAAGACCGAAUCACGUUUAACAAAAUAUAAAAUAAUCUUGAUGCAAUGGUUGGCGGGAAAAAUGGUGUUACCUAUAAUUCUCUCGUUUGUUUCUCAUUCAGUCAUUUCUCCUUUCAGAAUGAAAUCGAAUAUAACUUUGAUCUUUUUUAAUUAUUCCAGAGAAACUGUUGAAUAAGGGACAAGAUUUACAACCCA